CCCCGUUCAGUCGCUCCUUACUGGCGGGCGGGAGGCCACGUGAACGAACAGCUGACAACAUGGCGACGCGCUGGGGCAUCUGCGGAACUGGCCUCAUCUCUCACGAUUUUAGCUGCGCACUGAAAUCACUGCCAGAAUCGGAACAUAAGAUCGUAGCCGUGGGAGCUGCAAGUUCACAAGAAAAAGCAGAAGCGUUUGCCAAGGAACACGGCAUUCAGACAGCACAUGGUACUUACGAAAGCCUCGCAAAAGACCCUGAUGUUGAAAUCGUGUACGUGGGGACGUUCCACCCGUACCACUACAAGGCCUGCCUGCUGUUCUUUGAGCACGGCAAGCACGUGCUGUGCGAGAAGCCGCUGACACUGUCACUACAACAUGCACAGGAGCUGGUGGACAAGGCACGUGACAAAAAGCUCUUCUUCAUGGAGGGGUUUUGGACCCGUUUUUUUCCAGCUGUGAAGCUGCUGCGGGAGGAGCUGUCAAAGGGAUCAGUCGGCAAGGUGAACAUUGUACGAGCUGCCUUCUGCUCACCGACGGCAGUGCUAGAACGCAUGCGCAAAAGAGAGCUAGGCGGCGGAGCGCUCAUGGGAUCUGGGUGUUACCUCAUUCAGUUUGCAGACCUCAUCUUCAAGGAGCGACCGCAGAAAAUUGUAGCUUUGGGGCAGCUAAGCGAUGAAGCCGUAGACACCUCAGCAGCAAUAAUACUGACGUACAGCGAGGGACGGAUGGCUGUGCUGUGCUACAACAAUGGCAGCGUCCUUGGCAACAACACGCUUACUAUCCACGGCUCGAAGGCAAAUAUAGAACUGCAUAGUCCCUUUCACUGUCCAACGACGAUAACUCUUCCAUCAGGGGAAACAAAAGUGUUCCCAUUGCCAGAGACACCCUACACGUACAACUGGGCAAACUCCAACGGCUUUGUCUACGAAGCGGAAUGUGUACGGAAGUGUCUUCAGCAAGGUUUGACCGAGUGCCCGGAUAUGCCACACGAAGAUUCUCUCAACAUCAUGGCCAUACUGGACGAGGUUCGCCGUCAGCUUGGUGUUGUUUACGACAAUCUCAAAGAUUAAUUUCCGGCUAGCUAUAACAGUUGCCUACAGGUGUCUUAAUCAGUCAUCUUUAAUGUCUCCUACAUUAUUUAUUUUCUUUGAUUCUAAAUUACACGCAAGGGAUUAUUUGUAAUCGUUAUAGGGUUACACCUAUGUUGCAGAAAGAGGGCGCGUGAUUCUUAGAUACUGAUAUAUUUCCCAUCUGGAAAACUUCUCUUUCGCUUUUAAUUGGCUUU